UUACUACAGUACCUUGGCGGUGUCAGCUGGCCGUGUCGUCAAGUCGUAAUGUCAACACAAAUAAUGUUUAUUUUACUAUUUAUUAUAUCUUGAUUUCAAAAAAGAAUAAUAGUGGUUUAAAUAUAUUGUAAUUAGAUACAAAUAAAACAUCCAAAAUGAAGACACGAUUUAACACUUACGAUAUAGUGUGUAUGGUCACGGAAUUACAAAGCUUGAUUGGCAUGCGUGUCAACCAAGUGUAUGAUAUAGAUAACCGUACAUAUGUGAUACGACUACAGCGAACAGAGGAGAAACAAGUACUGCUACUAGAAUCCGGCAACAGAUUCCACACAACACAUUUUGAAUGGCCGAAAAAUGUAGCACCAUCAGGGUUUACUAUGAAAUUACGUAAACACUUGAAGAACAAGCGUCUAGAAUGCCUCACUCAGCUCGGCAUUGAUCGUAUAGUGGACUUACAAUUUGGAAGUGGAGAGGCUGCGUACCAUGUCAUCUUGGAGCUGUACGACCGCGGUAACAUAGUGCUCACAGACUACGAGUGGACCAUACUAAAUGUGCUGAGACCACAUGUGGAAGGUGAUAAAGUUAGAUUUGCAGUGAAAGAGAAAUACCCGCUGGACAGAGCGAAAACAAGCUAUGCAGCACCAUCCAGUGAAGCACUCAAAGAUAUACUGUCAAGGAGCAAGCCAGGCGAUAAUUUAAAGAAGAUUCUCAAUCCUAAUCUAGAGUUUGGAGCUGCAAUUAUCGACCAUGUUCUACUAGAGAAUGGACUAUCGGGUAACCUGAAGAUUAGUACGGAUCCUAACAAGGGUUUCUUUGUUGAGAGGGACCUGGAGAAACUGGCGACAGCGCUAAAACAAGCUGAGGAGUUGCUUGAUGCAGCUAAAAAGACAGUUGCUAAGGGCUUCAUAACACAAAAGAAGGAGGAACGACCGAACCCAGAGGGAGAUGAGCCCUCAUACUUGCUCACCAACAUCGAGUUCCAUCCGAUGCUGUAUUCACAGCACCGAAACCAACCGCAUCAGGAGUACGAGACCUUCGAACGGGCUGCUGACGAGUUCUUCUCGGCUUUGGAAGGCCAGAAGAUUGAUAUGAAGACUGUACAAAUAGAAAGGGAAGCCAUGAAGAAACUUCAAAAUGUACGCAAAGAUCACGAGAAACGCGUUACAGAGCUGACACAGGUGCAACUGGAGGACAAGAAAGCGGCCGAACUGAUCGCUCGCAACGAGCCGCUCGUCGAACAAGCUCGGCUCGCGAUACAGACCGCUAUAGCUAAUCAGAUGUCAUGGGAAGACAUAAAACUCCUGGUGAAGACGGCCCAAGACAACAAUGACCCGGUGGCCACCUACAUCAAGGGCCUCAAGUUGAACACCAACCACAUCACACUGCUGCUGAAGGACCCCUACCAGACCAGCGAUGAUGAAGAUAAUGAUGACAAUGAUGAAAACAAUGAAGAGAAACUGAAGCCAAUGCUCGUAGAUAUAGACCUGUCGCUCACGGCCUUCGCUAAUGCUAGAAGGUACUACGAUCAAAAACGGAACGCCGCGAAGAAGCAGCAGAAAACACUGGAGUCAGCGGACAAAGCGCUUAAAAGCGCUGAACGCAAGACGAAGCAGACCCUGAAGGAAGCGCACACGAUCAGCAGCAUCAGCAAGGCGCGCAAGACGUACUGGUUCGAGAAAUUCUACUGGUUCAUAUCUUCUGACAACUAUCUGGUGAUAGCGGGUCGCGACCAGCAGCAGAACGAGCUCCUGGUGAAACGUCACCUGAGGACUGGUGACGCGUACGUGCACGCAGAAGUUGCGGGUGCGUCCUCGGUGCUGGUGAAGAACCCCACCGGCCGUGAACUGCCGCCGCGGACCCUCGCCGAGGCUGGCCAGGCUGCCGUUGCGUACAGCGUGGCGUGGGAGGCGAAGGUGGUGACCCGCGCGUGGUGGGUGCACGCGCACCAAGUGUCGAAGACAGCGCCCACUGGCGAGUUUCUCACCACCGGCUCCUUCAUGAUCCGUGGCAAGAAGAACUACCUGCUGCCCGACCACCUGCAGUUCGGCUUCAGCUUCAUGUUCAGGCUGGAGGACAGCUGCAUAGAGCGUCACCGCGAUGAGAGGCGCGCGGUGGCUGCGGACGACGCCCGCUCCGAGGUCACCUCCACGCAGGAGGAGGACCAGGAGAUCCUAGUCUCUGAUGACGAUGAACCAUCAGAGAAAGACGAUGCGAAAUCCCCAACAGACAAAUUAGAUACGAUCACAGAAGAAACAACAAAAAUUGACUUCGAACAGAGUAAUGGACCUACGCAACUUAAAGUCGCAGAAAAGAAUGUAGUAGAAGAAGAAUUGGACGCAGAAGACAAACAGGAGAAGCAGGGUGAAGAAAGUGCAGCCGAAAGUGAUGACAGCGACGGAACGUUUCCAGAUACACAUAUUAAGGUGGACCAUGGGACUGGCCAAGUGAUUAUGGAGUCCAAAACAAGAACUAUGUCUGAGGUGUCAGACAACAGUGACGAUAAACCCUUGUCCUUCCCGUCACUACCGAAAAAAGGAGGGAAGAAACCACAGAAACAGAGUAGAGAACGGAAGAGAAACGAGGAGAAGCAGGAAAAACAAAAAGAAGGACUAAAGCGCGGGCAGCGCGGGAAGCUGAAGAGGAUCAAGGAGAGGUACGGAGACCAGGACGAAGAGGAGCGGGCGCUCGCCGUUGAACUGUUGAAGGCUGCCAACCAAGCGAAGGAGUCCAAGAAGGCACAGAAGAAAGCGGCCGCUGUGAAGGCCAACAAGGGCAAGUCCGGUCCUCGUGGCCCCAAAAUCCCUCAGCCGACGCCGCUCAUACUAGAGGUCGAGUCCGGCGGCGAGGAGCUCGACCCUGAACCCGAGGGUGAACAAGGAGAGCAGGGCGAGCAGGCGGGCGGCGUGGACGCGGAUGCGGAGCUGUUGAGUCAGCUGACGGGCUGCCCCCUGCCGGAGGAUGAGCUGCUGUUCGCGGUGCCAGUCGUCGCGCCCUACACCGCGCUACACAACUACAAGUACAAAGUGAAACUAACGCCGGGCGGCAGCAAACGGGGGAAAGCGGCUAAGACAGCGGUGCAAGUGUUUCUUCGCGACAAGGCGGGAACACCCCGGGAGAGGGACUUGCUUAAGGCAGUGAAAGAGGAGAACAUUGCCAGGAACUUCCCCGGGAAAGUCAAACUGUCUGCACCACAGCUACACAAGCAUAAGAAGUGAUUCACCUUCAAUUCACACUCAUCUAAAAUCUAUACUUAUAAUAAAUCUGUAUGAGAGCUCAAUUCUGUACAUGAAAUAUAUUUCCAAAACAACUAUCAGGCGGUGAUUAGUGAUCGAUACUGAUGCCAAAAAUGCAAUCGGUAAAAUUUUUGUCUGUCUGUCUGUCUGUAUGUUCGUUAUAGAAACAAAAACUACUCGACGGAUUUUAACGGAACUUGGUACAAUUAUUCUUCAUACUCCUGGGCAGGUUAUAGUAUACUUUACAUCACGCUACGAUCAAUAGGAGCAGAGCAGUGAAGGGAAAUGUUGGGAAAACGGGAGAAGUUACUCCAUUUUUAAGCUACUGUCGCGUGUGCAGCCUUAAUGGCCACUUUUUUAAAUGUAAAAAUGUCCACCCGUGCGAAGGCGGGACGGGCCGCUAGUAAUAUUAUAAAGAAGGGAAUAUUUGAUUGUUUAUUUGUUUUAUUUAUUAAAUGAAAAUGUUACGAUGCAUUACAUGGGAUGGAGAGUCUAAAAUCUUCAAAAAUUGUUCUGCGUAAUAUAUGAACGCCCCCCAAGACAGGUCACUAGUGCGAUCGUAUCUGAUUUGAUAUUAUCAUGAAAUUACUGUAUUAUAGACCAUCAUAAACUAUAUUUUUAAAAUUAGUUUUACUUAAAUCUUUGUAUUUAUUUAUUUAUUCAUCAACAACUUUAACAUUAAAACACUAAAACUCCCAGUUACACACAAAUUUCCCUAUUUAAAGUUUUAAACUUUAGAUUUUUCAGCUGAAUUUUAGAGUUAAACCAAAAACAACUAUUAGAAUCGGUCAUUCUGUUUUUAAGUUUUAUCGAGACUAAUAAGCAGUAAUUUUUUUAUAUCUCUCUCUCUCUCUCUCUCUAUAUAUAUAAAUUUCCCUAUUUAAAGUUUUAAACUUUAGAUUUUUCAGCUGAAUUUUAGAGUUAAACCAAAAACAACUAUUAGAAUCGGUCAUUCUGUUUUUAAGUUUUAUCGAGACUAAUAAGCAGUAAUUUUUUUAUAUCUCUCUCUCUCUCUCUCUCUCUAUAUAUAUAUAUAUAUAUAUAUAUAUAUAUAUAUAUAUAUAUAGAGAGAGAGAGAGAGAGAGAGAGAAAGAGAGAGAGAGAGAGAGAGAGAGAUUAGUAAGGAUUUAAUGUAUAAUGUGAUUCACUUUUCUUUAAUACCACGUUACGCAAUUUCAGCAAUCAAAUCUGAAUGAUAUUAUUGUUGUAUGUAUAUUAUGUAUAAAAUAGCCAAUUUGUUGAUUUAUAUAAUAUAAUUUUACAUGAA